GUACCAGCAUGGAAUGCUGAUACUCAAUCAAGCCGAGUCGAGUCAAUCAAGACAUGGAUCGCCCGCGUCGGUAUAACGUCGAACGGUCCUGUCUGAGCUGCCACCAGCGCAAGGUCCGUUGCGACAAGGCCUCUCCAUGCGGGCACUGCAUGCGAUACAAGGUUCCAUGCCAGUACCCAGGUCCGAAUCACAUCAAACGUCGCUCCGCCAAGAUAACCACCGCCGAUGUCCUCGCCCGGCUGGAAUCGCUCGAGCGUUCCAUCGCGGCCUUGUCCCGCGACCGACAGAUCCCCGACAACAAUAGUCUGGAUAAUGAUGUCUCCCAAGACUCUGCCGUGGAAGACCGUCUGAGUAGGCAGACGUCGUCGACUGGCACCACCACGACAGCCGACCAGACUAUCCACGGAGGCGUCUUGGUCGAGGACGGCCGGUACAUCAACGAACAGCUUCUAUCGCGGGUUCUAGAGAAGGAGAAAGACCUGCAGUCUACCAUCGCGACUCCUGUCAGCGACGGGAUCAACUCCAGACGCCCCCCGGCUCUCAAAGCGGAUGGACUCCUGGUCAGUCGCUUUCUGGCGGAAACGGACCUUCAGACUAUGCACCCGUCGCAGUGGCACGCGACGCAGCUCUGGCAGAUAUUUCUAAACCGGGUUGAUCCCCUUGUCAAGGUGAUUCACGUUCCCUCGACACAGCCCCGCAUCUUUGCGGCGAUCAACCGGCCGCAGGACGCGCCGGCGGACUUGCAUGCGUUGCUCUUCUCGAUUUACUUUGCUGCGACUACGAGCUUGCUUGCCGAUGAGCCCGGCCAUGAGGAGAGACUUGCGGACAUUCGCAACUAUCAGCAAGGGUUGGAGCUUGCGCUUUAUCAUUCGUCGUUUUUGGAUGCUCCUACUUUGACGUCGUUGCAGGCGAUGAGUAUUUAUCAGAUGUGCCUGCGCUAUCAUAAUAGUGGACGCUCGGGAUGGACGAUGCGAGGGCUGGUCCUUCGAGCCGCACAAUCCAUCGGACUCCACCGCGACGGGAAACAUUUCAAAUUGACGCCACUGGAAUGCGAGCUGCGCCGGCGACUAUGGUGGCACAUAUGCACCGCGGAUAGCCGCACCACGGAGGACCACGGCGUCAUGGUGAGCGGCGCAGACGAGUUCUGCGACACCGUGUUCCCCGCGAACAGCGACGACUUGAAUCUAUCCGUCACGGCGAAAGCGCCGCCCCAUCCCCAGGAAUGCUGGACCGAGAUGACAGUGUUUCUGAUUACCACCACGGCCAAUCAGCAGCGACAGGAGCUGCACCGAGUACUGAUGGGACAUGUGACUGGGAAAAAGCCCAGCGAACUGAUACAGGACUUGAAAGACCAGCUGCACAAUGCUUAUCUGCGACACGGCGAUCCCAACAUCCCCAUUCAGCGACAGGGAAUAAUGCUCGGAGAUGUCCUAGUCUUGAAGAUGGAGAUGUACAUGCAUCAGAAAGAACUCCAAGUCCAGAGCGCAUCCAUGUCGACCUCAGAGCGGCAGGCCGCACGAGAGAAAACUCUAGAGAUAGCCUGCCUCGCUCUGGAGCGAAGCAUGGAGAUGUCCACCGACGAGCUUUUGCGCGGGUUUCGCUGGCUGUCCUCGACCUACAUCCCGUAUUAUGUCCUGACGUACAUACUCUGGCACCUGUGCGUGUACCCAGCGGACCCGCACGUGGACCGCGCCUGGCAAGGGAUAACGCGUACCUUCGAUAUGACGGAGAACGAUCCCUCGUGGCCAGAUCCAGGACCCAAGUGGGCGAUUAUCGCCCGGCUGCGAGACAAGGCGUUGCACAUUAGACAUGGGCAGGAGGCGGAUCAGGCGCAGUCAGACACUGAAGACCAUCCAGUCGCCGAGACACCCCCGGCAGAGUCAUUCUAUGACUUUGUCAACUGGGACAUGGGGGUGAUUGGAUUUCCGGACUGGACGGGUUUAGCCCCGAGUGUUGAUGACGUGUUAUGAGCGAUGAAGUAGGAUUCUCGGAAUAUCUACUCUAAUCCGGAGUAUAUAAAACUAAAUGGCCACAGACAUGAAAGCAGCGAAUAUACCCACCGAAUCCCCCUCAAAACUUCUUCUUCAGCACCCAUCCCGUCUGAC